AUGUCGACUUCCACCACCCUCGCCAGCUUGUCACCAGACGAGACGCUCAUCAAGCUCCCGAGCCCCUACUCGACCGAGUACACCCUCCAGCGCGCCUUCAACCACGAUGAGUUCUCUGGCAAGAGCUCCGAGGGCGGCCUGCACUUCUACAAGCUGAUCCCUCGCGCGACACAAGCCAAGGGCGCGUCUGAGCUGCCUGAGCCGCUGGACAACCCCGAACUCUACUUUGCAGAGCCCGCCGAGCUCAAGUCGAGCGAGCUGCCGCCCGACUCGAACAACAGCGCCUGGGCUCGAUCCCGGCGCGCCCCCAACUUUGUCGUCUCGUGGCCUGGCCAGAAGCAGCCGACGCUCGCCCAGGCAUGGCUCCUCGUUUACGUGCUCUUCACCAUCAGGCCCGGCACCGAGCUGGCGCGCCUCGAGCUGCGCGGGACGGAUGCCGCCCUCCUCGGUCAGCAGCUCCAGGCCGUCGCGCUCGCCAUCGAGCAUCCCGCGCAGAACGGCCAGCAGAACCCCGAGGCGACGCCCACAAGGUCCACCGUCGUUCUCCUGCGCAGCGCCUUCUGGCAGGGCGCUGGUUCGCCCUUCGGCCCCCGUCCCGUCUGGCUGCCUGCCGAGUCGCCCUCGCCGCUGCUGCCCGCCGGCCGCACCCUCUCUUCCUACCCCCUGACGCCGCUUCAGCACACCAUGACGCUGACGCCUGCCGGCGACCCCUCGAACCCGACCCUGCACCAGCAGGCCUGGCACCCCAUCCGCCCGGCCAAGCCCGCGCCCGGCGCCGUCGUCUACAGCCGCUGGAUCCCCCACCUCAAGGAGACCUUCUCCAUGGUGUCCCUCGACUACACCGACGCCGAGCACCUGCGCCUCUUCCACGAGUGGCAGAACGACCCCCGCGUCUCCCAGGGCUGGAACGAGACGGGCACCCUCGACCAGCACCGCGAGUACCUCCGCAAGAUCCACGAGGACCCCCACCAGGUCGCCGUCCUCGCCGCCUGGGAGGGCACCUUCUUCGCCUACUUCGAGGUCUACUGGGCCAAGGAGGACAAGCUCGGCGGCUACUACGACGCCCAGGACUGGGACCGCGGCCGCCACUCCCUCGUCGGCGACGUGCGCUUCCGCGGCCCCCACCGCGUCAGCGCCUGGUGGUCCUCCCUCAUGCACUACCUCUACCUCGACGACCCCCGCACCAGCUGGGUCGUCGGCGAGCCCAAGAAGACCAACGACACGGUGCUCAUGUACGACUUUAUGCACGGCUUCGGCCUCGACAAGUUUGUCGACCUGCCGCACAAGAGGAGCGCCUUUGUGCGCUGCUCGCGCGAGCGCUUCUUCCAGCUGUGUCCGCUCGGCGACAAUGAGAAGAUGGUGGGUGGUCUGAGGUUGGGGCUGCUGCCGAAGCUGUAA